AUGUUGGGAAGACUAUUUAAACAGAAUCCAACCAAUAUAAGUACCCAUUAUCAACCCCAUAGUCAGCAUCACAGUCAUCAUCACAGUCACCACCAUCAUCACAACCAACCUCCACCUACAACCUUACCAAAUAAUAUAAAUCCGCUUUCAAUACCUCCUCCAUUAUUAAGUCCAACAAGUUAUGAAGAUUCAUAUUCAAGAGAAAUAUUAUAUGGAACUCAUAAUUCAAAUCAACUUAAAUGUUAUCAAUUCAAUACAAAAUACUUUCGAAUAAUAAUAUCUCAAGAUGGAGGAAAUUUACGUUCAAAACAAGUUUUAUAUGAUUCAGCAACGGAAACUUAUUCACCUUCAAAUCCAUCAACAACUUCCACAAUUUCUAAAAAGAAUUUAAAUACCAAAAAUAUAUCAACUUCAAAAAUGUAUCAUAAUAUAUCUGAUUUAAAUGAUUAUAUGUUUGGUUGUGGAUUACCUUCAAAUGAAACUCAUAGUACUACCAAGAUUCAUAUUUUACCUCCGGUUGCAAAUUCUGCAUGUGGACAAUAUAGUUCAGUAUUGAUUACUAGAUUAUUUUCAAUUAGUGACUUGGAAGUAUCUGAAAGAACUCCCUUAUCUACAUUUGCAAGUAAAUCAAAUGAUUGGAUACCGACACCAGGUAUUGCUUUGAAAGAAUCAAAUAUUAUGAAAUAUCCAUUUAAAACAGCUUCUCAAGAUACUUUAACUAAUAAUGGAGAUCACAGCAAUCCAAAAUCAACAAAUAAUGUUAAUAGUAGAUUUGCUAUUGGUAUUGUUGUUUCCUUAGAAUCAAUGAAUUGUGUCAGUGAUGUGAUUUUUAAUAAUUGGAAUGAAUUAUCCCAUUAUUUGGUUAUUUUACAGAAAUUAGUUUAUAAAAAAUUGAUGAUUUUAUUAAAUCUGGGAUUUAAUUAUGAUAAUGAUAGUCAUCAAAUAACAAGUUGUCAAUAUUUAAUUAAUAAAAGAAUUCAAUUUCCAAAUUAUAUUUUACAUGGAGAUUUUGAUAUAAAUUCACAAUUAAAUAAACUUAUAAAAUUGAUUCAUUAUAAUUAUAACCUUCCAAAAUUGAUAAAUUCAAAUUAUUUAAUACGAUCCUCAAUGUUAAAUGAUUCUAAAUAUAAUCCAAUGUUGAUCAAUUGGGUAUUAGAAGUACUAAACUGGUUAGAAUUUAAAGAUGGUAAACCAAUGACUGUUCCAUUACCCCAUUUUUCAAAUUAUAAUUAUAAUUCAUCAUUUCAUCAAAAUUCAUUACAAGAAUACGUUAAUCCAAAUGCAAACACUUUUCUUUCAAGUUUAUUAGCAUUAUUAAUACCCUACAGACAUCUGGUUAGUGAUAAACCUUAUGCAAAUGUUAAUUCUAAUACUCGUGAAGUUACAAGAGUGGUUGUAAUGACUGGUAAUCCUGUGGUUGCAAAAAAAUUAAUUUUUAUUUUGAAUGCUAUCAUUCCAAUAGGAAGAAAAAUUGAAAUGUCACCAUUUAUAGAAGCUUGUGCUACUGAAAGUAAUUAUGGAGAUGAAACAAAUGGUACGGCCACAGCCAAGAUGUACAAAGGAGAAGAAGAAGUGGUGGAAUCGGCAGCUGCUGCAACUGGUAGUGCGGAUUUGGUCGCAUCAAGAGAGAAAUCACUUUCUCCAAUUAUAAGUACAACUGCGAAUGGUAUCUUACCAAUUCCAAUCAAAGUAGGGAAAGCUACCUUUGAAGGAGGUAGUAGUUCGCCUAUAUCGUCUUCAGAUAAUUCAUUAGCAAGAUCAACACCAUCUAUUAAAUGGGAUAUACCGAAUAAGUCAAGUGCAUCUACCCCAACUACAAAUAAAUCAAGGGUUGAAAGUGCAAGUAUGAGUAUCCCGAUUGUAUCAACCACAGCUACUACUUCAACUGCCCAUACCCAUGCUUCUAUGUCCAAGCCAUCUUCAGUAUCAUAUUUAUCAUCAUCUUUGAAUUCAUCAUAUUCUUCAUCAUUACAAUCCAAUUAUUCAUUAUCGAAAUUAGGUGGAUCAUUUAUGGAAAAAUGGAAGAAUCAAAUUGGAAGUAUAAGUUCACAUUUCCCCAAUGCCAGUAAUCCAACCACAGGUAUGCAUACUCCAAAUAAUAUCAAUCUUGGAAAUGCAAAUGGAUAUUUUGAUGCUGUGAAUAGUAGUAGUAAUAAUUAUUGUUCAGAAUCAACACAAUUUGGAAGUUUAUCAAAACGGAAUUCAAUGCAGUCCUUAAGAUCUCCAUCUCCAGCAGUUGAAAUUGAUGAAUUUAAUUGGCAUUCAAGUUCAAAACCAAUCAAUAUAAACUCGAAUAAUAAUAUGAAUAAUAAUUCUUCCCAUCCUAUCCCAAUGACUCCAACGAAAUUAUCAAGAACUCAAUCGAUUUAUGAUAUGUAUAAUAUGAAUAGUUUGAUGAAUGUAAUGGAUGAAGAAGAUUUAGUCGAUGAUACAUUGAGCGAUCAUACUAGAUCAAAUGCAAGCCCUAGCAAUGUUGCCUCUCCAACUGGUACAGCAACUCCAGUUAGUACACCUGCUACAAUUCAUAAAUCGUUGGAAAUUAAGAGAACAAAGACUAGUGUGUUUACUCCGUUGAUUAAUGAUAAUAUGAUCAAGAAUGUGGAUGAACAUAAUCAACAUGCUAUUCGGAUGAAAUGUCAGGCGAUUAUGAAUCAAAAACCAAGGUUUAGAAAGAUUAAGACUUGUUUGGAAACAUACACCAGGCAUAAUCUGGUUGAUGUAGAUAAGUCAACCGAUGCGGGUGAAGAAGAAGAAGAAGGGAUUGUAUUUAAACAUAAACCAUUAUUAUCUUCGGUAGCAUUCUCGGAUGAGUUUAGACCUGAAUUUAGUAUCCAAUCCUGUCCCUUGAAUCCAAAAUUAGAACAACAAGUAAUGAGUACAAUGAGAAAUGAUUUAUUAUUUUAUCAAAAUAAUUGUAAAUAUGAAAGUAUCACCACUAGGACGAUUUUCAUUAGUUUAAGAGCACGAGAAAUUAAAUUAAUUGAAAUGAAUCUUCAGAAUACUAAUAUACAAUCGCCUAAUGAAGCUCCAAUGGCUGGGAAUUAUUUUGAAAAUAAUACUAGUAUGAAUGGUGGUGGCGGUGGUGGUAGUACCAGUCGGAGAAAUUCUGCUUCUACUGCAACUGCUUCUGCUGCAGCUGCUGCGGCGGGGUUGAAUAAGAGUUAUAAAACGAAGAUUAGAAAGAUUUAUACACCAUCCAAGAAUCUUGGAGACCGGGAUUUGAUUAAUCGGAUUGAAGUUACUUUGGAUGAUAUUAAUCAAUUGUUUACAAUUCAACAACAAUUAUAUCAGGAUAAGAAAAGGAGUAAUGGGAAGGAAUUUCAUGAUAAAUUAUCCAAAUUGGUUUUGAGUUUAUUAGAGUAG